AUGCGAUGCGUGAACAAGGCCGCCGAGAGCGCGUCCGCACGUCUCUGUGUGGACGCCGAAGCAGAAACCACAGCAACUGAUGCCUCAUCGGUUGCUGAAGCGACUCAGCCUGUGUCACUUGGUGAUGCAGGCGCUGGUCAUGAAGACACUCAUGUUUUCGCGCGUGGCGCACCAAAAGCCUCUGCUUAG